UUCACAAAAUAGCAGCAUACAACAAAUAACCAUACCUAAAAUAACUACUACUGAAAAUUCAUUCCCUUAUCAAAAUAUGGCUAAAGUGUUUAGAGCAUAUUUCCUCAAAUCUCUUUUCAUCUUUUGGUACCGUUUUCUCCUUAGGCAACUCAAAAACCUAAUAGUCUUCCAUAGAACUAUUAGCAACACUUUUGCUAAUACAACACAAUCACAAAUCAAAUACCAAAAAUUUUCAUCUCUUCUUAACCGAUCAGACCUCAAUGAUCACACAUUAAUCUUCGACGUCGAAAAUGCUUUGCUUAAAUCCACUUCUCUAUUUCCAUAUUUCAUGCUUGUAGCAUUUGAAGCUGGAGGACUAUUUAGAGCCAUUGUUCUAGUGCUUUUGUACCCUUUAAUCUUUUUAUCAGGAGAAAAAAUGGGGUUGAAUAUAAUGGUGAUGAUAUGCUUUUUUGGUCUCAAAGCAAAAGACUUUAGAAUUGGAAGAUCAGUUCUGCCAAAAUUCUUCUUGGAAGAUGUUGGUUCAGAAAUUUUUGAGGUGAUCAAUCAAGGUGGGAAGAAAGUGGGUGUUAGUAAUUUACCUCGUGUAAUGGUGGAGAGUUUCUUGAAAGAGUAUUUGAAAAUUGAUUUUGUUGCUGGUAGAGAGCUGAAAAUGGUUUGUGGUUACUAUGUUGGGUUGAUGGAUGAGACAAAAAAUUUGCAUGCUUUGAAACAAGUUCAUGAAGGGAAAGGCUCUUUAGAUAUGAUUGGUAUUACAAGAUUCAAUAACAUUCAUGAUGAUGAAAUUUUCUCUUCUUGCAAGGAAGUCUAUGCUGUCUCACAAGGUGACAAAAGAAGUUGGAAAAAGCUAGCAACAAAAAAAUACCCAAAAUCACUUAUUUUCCACGAUGGAAGACUAGCCCUAACACCAACUCCAUUAAAGUCAUUAGCAAUGUUAAUGUGGCUUCCAUACGGAAUAAUCCUUUCCGUUAUUAGAAUCACACUUGCAUUCACACUUCCAUUCAAAAUCUCAACUCCGUUAUUAACAUUUAGUGGACUCCGUCUCACAUCAUCAAUUCCCGAAAAUGCCCAUAAAUCCAACGGUCACGGUCAUCUUUACGUGUGUAACCAUAGAACCUUAUUAGACCCACUCUACAUUUCAUUCUCAUUACACAAGAAAUUAAUUGCGGUAACUUAUAGCUUAAGUAAAAUGUCUGAGAUAAUAGCACCAAUUAAAACGGUACGUUUGUCAAGAAAUAGAGAUAUUGAUGCAAAAAUGAUGAAAACGUUGUUACAACAAGGGGAUGUAGUUGUGUGUCCAGAAGGGACCACUUGUAGAGAACCUUAUUUAUUAAGGUUUAGCUCUUUGUUUUCUGAAAUGUGUGAUGAGAUAACACCAGUUGCUGUUGAUACACACGUCAGCAUGUUUUAUGGCACAACUGCUAGCGGUCUAAAGGCUUUGGACCCGGUUUUUUUCCUCGCCGAUCCUUUCCCGGCUUACACGGUUGAGUUACUGACCCAAGUUCGUCCUUCACAAUUUCCACGAGUUAGCGAGAAUGCUGAGGAAUGUAGGUUUGAAGUGGCGAACCAUAUUCAAGCGGAGAUCGGUAACACUUUGGGAUUUGAGUGUACAAAGCUUACAAGAAAAGAUAAGUAUUUGAUGCUAGCUGGUAAUGAAGGGGUAGUUUUCAACCGAAGGAACAGCAUACCACGCAACAGUCAACAAUAACCAACUUAUUAUUAGAUGUGACGAAAUGAAAAUGAAAGGGUUACUUUCGUGGACCUAGAGAAAAUAAUGUUCAUCUUUUUUUUUCUUUCUUUCUAUCUUUUCUUUAUUUGAUUUAAUUGAUUGUUGGUUUUUUCUCUCUCUUUCAAUCUGUGCUGUAUAUUUUGUACUACUGCUACAUAAUGCAAAGCAAUGUUGAUUCUUAUCUAAAUA